AUGAGGGCAAAUGGACAAAUUCGCCCUUCUGAUGUAAAAGCAAAAAGAAUUAUACUGAAGCAAGGAAAUGUCGAUGACACUUAUGGCUCUGUAGAAUUAUACUGCAGAAAGGUGGAGAACGUUGGACGGUGGGACCUUGGAAGGUGGUUGAAGCAAGCAAGCUUGGCUUGCACAAUGAAUUGUAAUAUUGGCUCCACUCCUGGGAAGGAAUUAUUUUGUUACUUUCAUGUAGAUGGAGAAUUUGUUAUUAGUCCUGAAGGUCAAGUUAGAUAUCAUGGAGGCAGAGUACAUGCAGAAACAAUAAAAGAUGGAAUGACACUUGAAGAUUUAAGGGCAACUAUAUCAGAAUGCAGUGGUUAUGAUGGUAGCAGUUGGGACAUGAAGUAUACUGUCAAGUAUGAUGAGAGGACAUUAAUUGAUCUUGUUGAUGAUAGCGGAGUUAGAAAUAUUUUUGUGCAUAAUGACAUCAUUGCGCAUGUGUAUGUAUCAUUGAAAGGCAAUGAGACUGAAAGACAUAAAAUCAAUGAUCAAGAAAUAAUUGAGACAGAACCACAUGAGAUGACUGAUGCGCAAAUAAUUGAGACAGAACCACAUGAGAUGACUGAUGCACAAAUAAUUGAGACAGAACCACAUGAGAUGACUGAUACACAAAUAUCCGAAAUUGAAAGAUGGUUGGGAUUGUCACGCCAGGAAAUGGCUGUAUCUUAUAUCAGUUUGGGAAACGAUUAUGAGCAUGUGAGUCAUGAAAGCGUGGGGCAGAAAAUUGCACAUGCUGGUUUGUUUAGGGAGUAUUUGUACAAGUUUAGCAUCGCACAUAACUUUAAGCUUAAAUUUUUGAGGAACAGCAAAGAGAGAAUGUCUGUCAUUUGCAAAGUGGAAGGUUGUCCAUGGAAAAUAUGUGCAAGUGCAUUGGGGAAGAAUGUUCCAUAUCUUCGUGUCACCACAUUCAUUAAUGAGCAUGUCCAUAGUGCCCAAGAUAAUUUGCAAGUUAGACAGUGUGCAAGAUCUAAUAUGACAUCCUGUAUAAUUAUCGAUGAGGUGAGGAACCAUGUUGACAAGCGGGCAAGUGAAAUAAGGACAAAAUUGCAAACAGAAUAUGGUCUGAAUGUUACAUAUAAACAGGCAUAUAGGGCGAAGGAGAAGGCAAUAGAAGACAUACAUGGUAGACCUGAACAUUCAUAUAUGUUAAUACCAUGGAUAUGCCAAAGGCUGAAGGAAACCGAUGAGAAAACAGUAGCUGAAUGGGUAGCUGGUCCUAACUACAGAUUUGAGCGUGUGUUCAUCGCAUACGGGUGUUGUAUAGAGGGUUUCUUGGCUGGUGCUAGACCCGUUCUGUAUGUUGACGGAACUCAUUUAUCUGGACCAUAUAAGGGAACACUCCUCGCAGGUUCGGCAUAUGAUGCAAAUAAUGAGCUGUUGCCUUUUGCAAUGGCUAUUGUAAAGGGAGAGACAAUUGAUGACUGGACUUGGUUUAUGUCUAUGAUUAAAAAGAUAGUUGGCUCAAAGCCAUUAACUAUUGUGUCAGACCGUCAUAAUGCCAUAAUAGGAGCUGUACAAUCAGUGUUCGGUUCUGACAGGCAUGCUUAUACGUUAAGGAAAACUUUAGUGCAGAGUGGCUGA